GUAUUUGAUUUUUCUUUUUCUUUCUCUUUCUCGAAUACGCCAUUCCACGGAUCGCAUCCUGAUCCGCGACGAAACCUAGAGGUCUGUAGAACCCUAGCACGCGAGGCUCCGAUUUCAAUGCGAUAUUUAAAAUGCCUUUACGCAGUAAGUCCUCGAUAAUCCUCUCGAUCACAGCCUUUCCCAAACCAAGCCCUUGGAAGGAAGGACCAUCACCACAUCCCAUACAAUCGCGUCGAACACGCCGUCGCCACAGGCCGCUGCGUGGAUCCAGAGCAACGCGUCCGUGUGCUCUAACGCAAUCUUGAUCUUGUCCGGAUCGCGUUUGUGGAAUCCAACGGCAGCGAAGACCGAGUUCGUUUGGUCGAGGUUGAGGACGGAGACGGUGCGGUGAAGGACGAAGCCUCGGGAUUCGAGGUCCUAGUCGGAGACGCUGUAGCUAGCAUUAGGAGAGAGUUUUGUAUUAAGAGAGAGGCUUGGAACCUAUGUUGGCAAGCAACGGAGGCUUCGUAGUUGAGAUCCAGAGCAGUCGUCUGGAUGGCGGAGUGCGGGCGGCGGCGGCGGCGGCGGCGACUGGGCCUGCUUUUCCACGGAUUAGUGGGCCUUUUCUAUCGGACGUGGAAACCAGAAUUUUGCCGAUUGCAAAAUAAUGCUCCUACGAAUCUCAAAAAAUGCAGGCCGCCUUUUUUACAGGAUCGUUCCGAGAAAGAACGAGUCUUGUUUAGCUAAUUAAGACAUAUAUUAUGUGUUCGGUGAACGACGGUUUGUUCUAUCUUACCUUAACACUCUGUCUGUCCUUUCUCCCUGUUCUUUUUUGGGUUUCGUUUGGGAAGACCCAACAACCAGACCAAUGUUAGUUGCAUCCACUCUUGACCUCAAGAACUGUCCAUAAUGCAGCCCUGCAAGAAAGCAGCUAAAACUAAAACUGCUGCCUUUAAAAAGCUUGAUGCAUGGGCAUUGAAGAAAUGAGUGGUAAAAGAUGGGUAUCUCAAAUCUCUCCCCUUGCCUCGUUUAUGGGCUGAUGGGGCUUUGUGCUUUCUUGUCUGUGAGCCACAGCUUGACGUUGGAUUACUAUGCCAAAACUUGUCCCACUGUGUUGCAGGUUGUGAGGAAAGAGAUGGAGUGUGCAGUGCUUUCUGACCCACGCAAUGCAGCUUUUGUUGUCCGCUUGCACUUCCAUGACUGCUUUGUUCAGGGGUGUGACGGGUCGGUUCUGCUGGACGACACGAUAACGUUGCAGGGAGAGAAAAAGGCUUCCACCAACAUUCACUCCUUGAAAGGCUUUAGAAUCAUUGACAGGAUAAAGAAUAGCCUUGAAUCUGAAUGUCCAGGGAUUGUUUCUUGUGCAGACAUACUCACUAUUGCAGCCAGGGAUGCAGUGAUUCUGGUGGGCGGUCCUUACUGGGAGAUUCCUCUUGGAAGAAUGGAUUCCACAACUGCGGGUUAUGAACUAGCAGACGCAAAUCUUCCCUCUGCCAAUGAGGGACUUCUGAGUAUCAUCUCCAAGUUUCUUUAUCAGGGUCUCUCUGUCACUGACAUGGUAGCUCUAUCAGGAGCGCACACGAUCGGGAUGGCAAGGUGCGAGAAUUUCAGGGAAAGGAUUUACGGGGAUUUUGAAGCAACUUCCAACGACGGUAACAACCCGAUCUCGAAGUCGUAUCUUGACAAGUUGAGAUCCAUCUGCCCCCCAGUUGGUAAAGCUGCAGAGAACAACAUAACAGCAAUGGACAAUGUGACACCAGAGGUGUUUGACAACUCCUAUUUCCACAUGCUGAUGAGAGAAGAAGGGCUUAUGAAUUCAGACCAGGAACUGUAUUCAAGCCUUCUUGGCAUGGAAACAAGAGCACUGGUUAAGAAAUAUGCUGCUGAACCACUUGCUUUCUUUCAGCAAUUCUCUGAUUCCAUGGUGAAGUUGGGGAAUAUCACUAACUAUGAUAGCUAUUUCACUGGGGAAGUUAGAACAAACUGCAGGUUUAUCAACACUUGAUAUCAUUUUUGUGUUUCUAUGAAGAAAUUGCUAUCUGUUCUUUAACAUUGCUAUCUGUUCUUUACAUUGUAUGAAAUUCUGGGUUUGUUUCUUGGAGCUUAGAAAUCUUUGUAAUCUUUUGUAUUCUUGGAUUUGAAUAAUGAAAUCUU